AUGACCAAGGUAGGCGGAGGCCUAGCGCGUUUACUAGUGCUGGGUGUGUUUUUCCACGCUCUGUACGUGCUGAGCAUCUUCGACAUUUACUUCACGUCUCCUGUGGUGCCACACGUCGAGAGUGUGGUGUACACGGACUCCCCACCAGCCAAGCGCGUCGUGGUGUUCGUUGCCGACGGUUGUAGAGCAGACAAGUUUUUCGAGACCAACACUUCGACCAGCGCUCAAGAAGCCGGUGCAGAACUCCGCGUGUCUUUCCUACGUAACAUGAUGCAGACGCAGGGCAGCUGGGGCGUCUCACACACGCGUGUGCCAACUGAGAGCCGUCCUGGCCACGUGGCGCUCUUCGCCGGUAUGUACGAGGACGUCAGCGCUGUGACGAAAGGCUGGGCUGACAACCCCGUGGACUUUGACUCCGUGUUCAACCAAAGCAGCUCCGCCUUCCUCUUCGGUAGUCCGGAUAUCGUCCCGAUGUUCGCUCGUCAUGUGCCACAAGCACUUGAAGAGCAUUAUUCCCAUGAAGAAGAAGACUUUGCCAAAGGAGACGCGUCUGAAUUGGACGUUUGGCUCCAUAGUGACGGAGUGGUGAUUUUUUGUCACUAUUUGGGCAUUGACUCCAAUGGCCACGCCCAUCGACCCAAUUCCAAGGACUAUUUGAACAAUAUUGCGCUCGUAGAUGAGCUAGUCGAGAAGACCUAUCGCAUGGUCGAGGAUUUCUACGACUACGAUGGACGGACAGCCUACGUGUUCACUGCAGAUCACGGUAUGGGGCUGAAAGGAGCUCAUGGAGACGGAGAUCCAGCCAAUACACGCACUCCGUUGGUAGUGUGGGGGGCAGGUGUCCAAGGACCCGUGACAGUGGAGAAGACAGGAGCGUUUAGUAUCGAUCUACCCACACAGUCUCGAGCGCAAGUUAAGGCUCAAUUACAGGCACAGGAGGAACAGGAGCAAGCAGCAGUGGGAGACUGGGGCGCUCUCAAUACUUUGGUGCGCAAAGACGUGAUGCAGGCUGAUGUGGCGCCGCUUAUUAGUGCGCUAUUAGGUCUACCGUAUCCACGUAACUCAGUUGGAGUCCUGCCCUUCUCGUACCUCGCAAAGGGAGCCUACCGAGCCAAUGCAGUGCGAUCUAACGCACAGCAAUUGUACCUGCAUGCGCUGCGUAAAGAAUUGGAGAAACGGUCACGUACAUUGCUGCGAUUUGUACCGUAUGGUCCUUUUCGUGACCGAGUUCCCGAGCUCUUGACGCAACUAGCGGACGCGUAUGAGAAGAGUUUUAAGAGUGAGAACUCGGAGUCGUAUGAAGGCGUGGAACAGCUGAGUCAGGAGCUGAUUGAGAUCUGCUUGGCGACUUUGGAGUAUUUCCAGCGAUACGACUGGUUCUUCCUGCUUGGUAUCGUCGUCCUGGGGUAUUUGGGAUGGAUGCUUGUGGUUGGAGUGGCGUAUCUGCAUCCACGAGACUUCGGUAUGAAGUGGCUGCUUGGUGCGGGUGGCCAACAGCUGGACAUCAAGUUGGUCGUGCUGGUGUUUGCAGCGUUCGUGUACUUGGCUCUCGAGGGCUCACCGACGACGUACUACCUGUAUCUGCUGUUUCCAUUAGUUUUCGGAGUAUUCACGUGGAAUCAUCGUGGUCUAAUACAACAAGCCUGGGUGUCUGGGUCAAGUGGGAAGCAAUCCAAGUCGCGCUUGAAACGAUGGGCGGAGAUCGCACUCAUCUUGCUGUGCCUGGAGCUUGUGGUGGCUGGAUACGAACGUCGAGAGAUUUUCGGAGUGCUUUUCUCACUACUCGCUCGGUCUUGGACAGUCAGCUGUCUUGUCAUCUCUGUGUUCCCGUACUUGCCUAGUGAGUAUGGAGAGCAUACGGCCUGGAAGAGCUCCUCUUUCGUCCUCAGUGCGUCGCCUUUGGUGCUGUCACUGUUGACUUUGAAUGGCACUAUGCAGUAUCUGGACGGCGAUCGAAGCAAGCCGCCAUUAUACCUCACUGUAGCCAACUGGCUGCUAUCUAGCACUUCAAUUCUACUGCUUCUAGUGAGAUUACAACGACGCAAGAGCAGUCUAUCGCGUGCCUUGGAAACCGGUACCGACCGUCAUGCUGAACAACGUCUCCACGGACUGUAUACUAGACGUCUUCUCGAAGUGAUGCUAGCGUUUGCGCCGUCGUUCGUCUUACUGAGUAUCGCGUACGAGGUUUUAUUCUACGUGGCUCUCUGCGCUGUUCUCGUGAGCUGGUUACAACUGGAGGCUCAGGCUUCGCUAGCAUCUUCAUCUUCAAUGUGGCGAGAGAUUCAGCAAGCGUUUGUCUUUUUGCUACUGGUGAACAUCGCGUUCUUCGGCACGGGUAACGUGGCCAGCAUGAGCAGCUUUGAGAUAUCGUCUACGUACCGCUUCGUUACGGUGUUCGCUCCUUUCACGAUGGGUGCGCUACUGGUGGGCAAGAUCCUCAUCCCGUUCAUGCUGGUGGCCAGUACAUUCCAUCUCAUUCUACUGCUUCCAUCGGCUGCAUCAGCAGUUGAGACCACCAAGCCUAGACUACCUGCUACACGCUACUUCCUUCUAGUUGUAGCCAUGUCGGACGUACUUGCACUCCAUUUUUUGUUCCUCGUCAAGAAUGAAGGCAGCUGGAAGGAGAUCGGCAACUCGAUAUCCAUGUUUGGCAUCGUGAACGCGCAGAUCGUGUUCAUCCCGCUGCUGUUUCUGCUGGCUCGAGCUUUCGUCCGAGAUCUGACGCCAGCUACUGCAUUCGAUGUUCAACGUCUUAACGAUAAAAAAAAACAAUAG